AUGUUCGAGAACUAUCCGCAGUAUCGAAAAUAUUUCAAAGGCAAGGAAGAAUACAAAGCCGAUGACGUGCAAAAAGAUGACUUUUUCAAAAAGCAAGGACAGAGAAUUCUGGUAGCAGUGCAUAUACUUGGAUCGACAUACGAUGUGGAACCAGCGUUUAGAGCGUACAUCCGUGAAGUUUUGAAUCAGCACAAGAGGGAUAACAUUAUGUUAGAAUUCAAAGCGUGGGAGGAUUUCUGGGUUAUGUGGGAAAAUUUCCUUGGAACAAAAAUGACACUGGAUGAACAGACGAAGCAUGCUUGGAAAGAAGUUGCCAAAAAAUUCGAAGCGGAAGCCAGAACACAUGCAGCACACAUCGGUUUACCGCACUAA